AUGCAGCACAUCACCAACCUGACCCUCAUCGCCACAUCCGACAACCCCCACGAGAGCUUCACGGCGUAUCUCGUGCACCCCAAUGGCGGCUGGAGGAUCGUUUCGCACGAUGGGGAGACGACGUUCCGAAGGUAUCGAAAGUGGCUCUGGCGGAAGGAUGCGAAGAGUGAGAGUGUGGUGGUUCCUACGAAGGCGGCGUGGGAUGGGCAUGGGAGCGAGGAGCAGUUGACGGAGGCGUGUGAGAGGGCGACGUGUGGGGUUCCGAGGGUGAAUCAGGUUUUGCAUGUGUGUGGGUUGGAGUUGGUGGAUCUUUCAGGGGCGAGGUGGUGA